AGUAGUAGAUCAAAAACUUCCGAGGAAGAGAAAGGGCCACGGGAACAACGGGUGAGGAGAAAAAAAAGAAGAGGGGCGCUUUAUUAAAUACAUCCCGGCAGAAGGGACGAUCGCGUUUCAAAUCAGCAAUCAGGACCCGGGCGAUGCCGCUGUUACACCGCAAGCCCUUCGUGAGGGAGAAACCCCCUGCUGACUUGCGACCCGACGAGCAGGUCUUCUACUGUAGAGUCACCAACGAGAUCUUCAGGGAUUACGAUGACUUUUUUGAACGAACCAUUCUGUGUAACAGCCUUGUGUGGAGUUGUGCUGUUACAGGCAAGCCUGGACUCACGUAUCAGGAAGCACUGGAAUCAGAAAAGAAAGCCAGACAAAAUCUUCAGAACUUUCCAGAGCCACUUAUCAUUCCAGUUCUGUACUUGGUUACUCUCACCCAUCGCUCACGACUUCAUGAAGUUUGUGAUGACAUCUUUGCUUAUAUCGAAGACCGUUAUUUUGUUCGUGAAACUGUGGAUGUACUUAGGAAUAAUGGUGAAAGGUUGCACUGUAAGAUUCUGGAAGUUAAAGCGCCAUUGCAUCACAAUGGAAUGACUAAUGGCCAUGCCAGCAGUAGAGAUGAAGACACUAUUGUCAUUAGUGAUAGUGAUGACUCAGAUUUGGAUACCAGUCCUGCACAAAAUGGGAAGGGAAAAGCCAUAAUUGAUUCAUCUUUGUUCAAAUACAAAGUGAAGCCUUUAAAGAAACAGCUGUAUGAAUCUGUUACAGUCAAAGCAUCUCAGAUAUGCCGGAGGAAGCAUCUUUUCUCUCGUGACAGACUUAAGCUUUUUUUGAAGCAACACUGUGAAUCUCGUGAUGGCCUUGUUAGAAUUAAGGCAAUAUCAGUUGCAAAGUUCAAGAUAGCAGAACAAAAUUUUUCCUACUUCUUUCCUGAUGAUCCACCCACUUUUACCUUCAGUCCUUCAAGCAGGCGACGAAGGAGGCCUCCAAAGAUGGUAACUGAGCAUCAGGUGGACAGAGCUGUAGAUGAACCAUUUAGUCCUAGUAACGUGAGCAGUGCAGCAAAAGAGAGAGCAAGACUCCAAAAAGAAAAAGAGGAAAUGAGGAUCACAGUUUUUGAAAAAGAAAAAAUAAAAAGAGAGAAAGCAAAUGUAGUAGAGUCCAAGAAGAGAGAAAGAGAAGAUAAGGAAAAAAGGAGGGAAGAAUUAAAGAAGAUUGUGGAAGAAGAAAGGCUAAAGAAGAAAGAAGAGAGAGAGCGACUAAAAAUAGAAAAAGAAAAGGAAAGAGAGAAGCUGCGUGAGGAAAAAAGGAAAUACCUGGAACAUCUAAAACAGUGGAGUAAGCGUAGAGAAGACAUGGAAUGUGAUGAUCUUAAGGAACUUCCAGUUCCAACCCCAGUGAAAACCAGACUACCUCCUGAGAUCUUUGGAGAUGCACUCAUGGUUUUGGAGUUCCUUCAUGCCUUUGGAGAACUGUUUGAUCUUCAAGAUGAGUUUCCUGAUGGGGUGACUUUAGAGGUAUUAGAGGAAGCUCUUGUAGGAAAUGACAGUGAAGGCCCACUAUGUGAAUUACUGUUUUUCUUCCUGACGGCCAUUUUUCAAGCAAUGACUGAAGAAGAAGAAGAAGUGGCCAAAGACCAAAUAGCUGAUGCUGAAACCAAAGAUUUAACAGAGGCUUUGGAUGAAGAUGCAGACCCCACAAAAUCUGCACUAUCUGCAGUUGCAACUUUGGCAGCUGCUUGGCCCCAGUUACACCAGGGUUGCAAUUUGAAAAACCUGGACCUUGAUAGUUGCACUCUUUCUGAGAUUCUCAGACUCCAUAUCCUAGCAUCUGGAGCAGAUGUAACAUCAGCCAAUGCCAAAUAUCGUUACCAAAAACGAGGAGGAUUUGAUGCUACUGAUGAUGCUUGUAUGGAGCUAAGGUUGAGUAAUCCUGGGUUGCUCAAGAAACUCUCCUGUACCUCAGUGUAUGAAUUAUCAGCAGGGGAGAAGAUGAAGAUUCUUCAUGCCCUUUGUGGGAAACUAUUGACUCUUGUUUCUACUCGGGACUUCAUUGAGGACUCCGUUGAUGUGUUACGACAGGCAAAACAGGAAUUCAGAGAGUUAAAAGCAGAACAGCAUCGUAAAGCAAGAGAAGCUGCAGCAGUAAGAAUCCGCAGGAGAAAAGAAGAAAAAUUAAAAGGGCAGGAACAGAAGUUGAAAGAGAAACUGGAGAAGCUGAAGGAAGAACAUAAAAAUCCUGCAAUGGAAGUAUCUGUGGGGGAGGAAGAACGGGAAGAUCUUGAUACAAGUACAGAAAGCAAGGAAGUUAAAACUAAGGAACGAGACCUAGAUAUUGCAUCAGAUGAUGAAGAUGACAUAGGACCAAACAAAAAGAGGAAAGGAGGCAGAAGAGGACAGAAUGGCUUUAAAGAUCUUGCAAGGCAAGUAGAGACUUCUGUUGAAAAGUGUGAGCCACUUACUCCAGAAGAAGAAGAAGCCUUAAAACAGGAGCGGCAAACUAAAGAACAGGAACUUAUAGAAAAGAUUCAGAAAGCCACCGCCUGUACCAAUAUCUGUCCUUUGGGUCGUGAUCGUCUGUAUCGACGCUACUGGCUUUUCCCCUCUAUUCCUGGAUUAUUUGUAGAAGAAGACUAUGCUGGUCUUACAGAAGACAUGCUCUUGCCUCGGCCAUCUUCAUUUCAAAAUAAUGUACAGUGUCAUAUUGUAGACAAAUCUCAGGCAGCCACUAACAAUGGAGAGUCUGUAAAGAUGGAAACUACCUCCAAUGAUCACCAAGAUGUGUAUACUGGUGCUCCUGUACAUGUGCCAAGACCAAUAUAUAAACCAAACCGGUGGUGCUUUUACAGUUCUCAAGAACAACUGGACGAACUCAUAGUAUCUCUCAAUUCCCGAGGACACAGGGAGAGUGCCUUAAGGGAAAAUCUUUUGCAGGAGAAGAACAGAAUAUGUGAACAACUGAACAGUUUUCCUGUGGAAAAAUUCCAUUUUUCAGAGAAAUCACAGAAUGAAAGCAAGCCACUAUCAGGCCGGGGGAAAUCGCAGAAUGCCUAUGACAUAACUCUAAUGUCUGCAGAAAAGCAACUUGAACUGAGACUCAGAGACUUUCUUUUGGACAUUGAGGACAGAAUCUACCAAGGAACGUUAGGUUCCAUUAAGGUAACAGACAGACAAGUUUGGAGAGCAGCCUUAGAAAGUGGACAGUAUGAACUGCUAAAUCAGGAAAACAAAGAAAAUGGUAUAACAAAAAAUAUCACUGGAGAUGCUGAAGAGAUGGAAACUGAUGAUCAAGAAGGUGUUAUUGUAAAAGACAGGUUGGUUGGACUCAAAUCUGAAUCUCCAAGUACUGCUUCAACUAACACAAGCACUCCACAGCCUGUGAAUAACGUAGUUCGCUACUUGGCAGCUACACUGCUUCAAAUACAGCAAGGCAUUGAACGCAAGUUCCUAAAAGCCCCACUUGAUACCUGUGAUAGUAGCCGAUCACAUAAAACAGUCUUGGACCGGUGGCGAGAAUCACUGCUAACUUCUGCUAGCCUGUCCCAAAUCUUCCUUCACCUCUCAACAUUGGAGCGAAGUGUAAUCUGGUCUAAAUCUAUCUUAAAUGCUCGCUGCAAAAUGUGCAGGAAGAAAGGAGAUGCAGAGAGCAUGGUGUUGUGUGAUAGCUGUGAUCGAGGGUAUCAUAUCUAUUGUAUCAGGCCAAAGCUCAAGGCUGUUCCUGAAGGGGACUGGUUUUGUCCAGAAUGUCGACCCAAGCAGCGUUCUAGGCGUCUCUCUUCCCGACAGAGACCUUCUGUGGAAAGUGAUGAAGAGUCUGAAGAACAGAUUGAAGAGGAGGAGGAUAAAAUGAGUGAUGAGGAAGUGAGGCAAAGUGAGGAAGAUGACUAUGUAAAUGAAGAUGAUGACUACUCUGAUUCUCAAGAUGAUGAUGAAAAAAGCUUAUCCAAAUCGAGACAACCUCAGGUAAAACUUUCGUUAAGAACAAGAGCAGCAAAACUGAAUGCUACCAAUCUGAGUCAGUGCAACCAGAAACAAAUUACCAGAAGGUACAGUUCUCGGAGUCAACAGAAUACACCUAAGCAAACUGGAUCUUCAUGUAAAGCCACUGGGAAGGGCAUACGAAAGACAAAGUCUGCUCCUCCAUCAAUAACAAAAUCAUUGGGACUAAAUAGUCGUACUACUCGUCAGAAUCGAGGUUUGCUACAAGCAGAUGCCUUUAUUGAGUUAACCAGUCCCAGAAGACGACGUAGAGGAAGGAACACCGCAGACAAUAGUCCAGACAGCAGUCCUUCCAGUUCUCUUGGCUUCAGAAUUGUUAAUACUACAAACAAUGAACUGAAAAAUCCUCCAUUUUCUACAGAAAAAUGCUCUCCCCAAAAUACUGAGCCUAAGAGGAGGGGUAGGAAGAGACAAUCUGCUGAGUGCCCUCAAAUGCCAUUAAAUAGGAGGAGUUCAGGUCGUCAGGGUGGAGUCCAUGAACUGUCUGCUUUUGAGCAGCUUGUAGUGGAACUGGUGCGUCAUGAUGACAGCUGGCCUUUCAUGAAGCUUGUGUCCAAAAUCCAGGUACCAGAUUACUAUGAUAUUAUCAAAAAGCCAAUUGCCUUAAAUAUAAUACGUGAAAAAGUAAACAAAUGUGAAUACAAGCUAGCAUCUGAGUUCAUUGAAGACAUUGAGUUGAUGUUUUCGAACUGCUUUGAGUACAACCCACGCAAUACAAGUGAAGCAAAGGCUGGAUCAAGACUUCAGGCUUUUUUCCAUGUCCAGGCUCAAAAGCUUGGACUUCCUCUUGCAUCUGGCAACAUGGACCAUGCUGCUCCAGCAGCCAAGAAAUCCCGAAUCUAGCCUCUUCCUUCUGAAGAGUUAAUUUGACAGAACCUUUAUAAGUUUCAUGGGAAAUGAAACCUUUAAAUCAUGCAACUAUCAUAUCUAUAGAAAGCAAUAACAUCUACCACACCUUAGAAGUGUGGUCUGCACUAUGUUCUCAAUUUAUUAAGCACUCAGGAGAAUGUAGGAAAGAUUAUCUUUGCUACAGUUUUGUUCGGUGUCUGAUAACUUUUAUAGAUGUGUAUUGAAUCCAGUACUGGUUUACAGUAGUUUUUGUACUUUUAAAGACCGUUUUUGUGUCCCAAAUAGCUUCCAGAAAUAUUUUUCUUUGGCAUUGUCAUAUUCUUUAGAUUUUGUAAGAGCUGUAGCAUUGUAUUGUGAGGGCUCCAACUAGGGUAAAAAUUAGCUGCACCAGUAAAAAUGUCUAGAAGUCGCUUAAGUACAUAUUUUUGACACUACACAUUAGUAAGUACAGUUUUAUAUCCUUUAAAUUACUGUGCCAGUACUGGUUGGAGAGAUUCAGUCUGACCUUACUAAGUAGAUAUUUAUUUAGCAUUCAAAUUUGUGGAUUUGUUUUGUAUUUAUAAAAUUUUUACUACGAG